AUGGACAGGGCCGGGCUCUGAGGAGCAAAAGAACCCUCCAGAGGAGGUUGGGGAAAGCCGGAAGUCUUGGAGCUGCGAUCUUUUUGUCUGUCCCUCGGUCGUCCUCCCUUCCCAGGGAGUUUCGGGCUCUCUUCUUUUCCCGGGGAGCUCCUAUCGCUUUGUUUUCUGGAAGCCGCAACCGUGCGUGCAGCUCUCAGAGGGAGCCUGGAGCCAGAGUGAAUGGGCCCUGGGAGCCUCAGACCUCCUCAGGAGUGGGUGACAUUCAGGGAUGUGGCUGUGGACUUUACCCAGGAGGAGUGGGGCCUCUUGGACCCUCCUCAGAAGGAGCUGUACAAGGGAGUGAUGCUGGAGAAUGCCUGGAACCUGCUUUCCCUGGGGCUUCCAGUUCCCAGAGAAGAUGUGAUCUCUUAUUUUGAGCAAAGGGAAGUACCCUGGAUGCUGCACUCAAAAGGCCUGAGGAGCUGUUCUCCAGAAAGAGAAUUCAGAAUAGAAAUUAAGGAAUGUACUACAAAGGAAAGCUUUUCUGUGGUAGAAACUCUCAAGCCAAGAUUCACCUGUGAUGGUUCUGCUAAUUUCACAUGGAAUGAUAUCUGUGAUAAAUAUAAGAAAAUCCAUAUUGGAGAUAAAUCUUAUAAACGUAACCAGUGUGGAAAAGCUUUUGCAGAACGGGAUUCUCUUGCUGUAAAUCAGAAAAUCCAAACUGGAGAGAAACCUUAUAAAUGUAACCAAUGUGGUAAAACCUUCAAAUGGAAGCAGAGUCUUCCUCUACAUCAGAGGAUCCACAGUGGAGAGAAACCCUAUGGAUGUAACCAAUGUGGAAAGGCUUUUAGACAAAAGGGAACUCUUAUUGUACAUCAGAGAAUCCACACUGGAGAGAAACCUUAUAAAUGUAACCAGUGUGGAAAGACUUUUGGAGAAAGGGGAGGUCUUAUAAGACAUCAGAGAAUCCAUAUUAGGGAAAAGCCUUAUGAAUGUAGCCAAUGUGGAAAGGCUUUUAGAGAAAGGAGAGCUCUUACUGGGCAUCAGAGAAUCCAUACUGGAGAAAAACCUUAUGAAUGUAACCAGUGUGGAAACACUUUUGGAGAAAGGGGAGGUCUUAUAAGACAUCAGAGAAUCCAUCUUAGGGAAAAGCCUUAUGAAUGUAACCAAUGGCAAGAAGGCUCUGAGCAAGAGGGAGGCUUUGCAGACCCAACAGAGAACGUCAUCAUUGAUCCUGGAGGUGAUGGUUAUUGCAGUAACCAAGUAGGGAGAUGCCGUUGGGUCCUACGUUGUAGGAGCAUCCCUGUGGCUGCUCAUUGGAAGAGCUGCAGUGGAGAGGUCUGUUCCAGGAGCCCAGUUCCACCCCAAGUGAAAUGUGCUAAGAACCUGAAUGAGAGUGGCUGCCGUGUGAAUGAAGGGCUGACAUAA